ACAAAACAAUAAUUAAAAUCAUGGAAAGCCGGUCGAAUUAUCGUAUAUUAAUUGAUUUAUCAAAUUAUUACGAUGAUGCAAGAAGAUUAAGUUGUGUUUUUACUGAUGAUAAAACUAUAUCUCAUAUUAUACAUUUAAAACAACGUAUAUCAAAGGUAUUUAAAAUACCUGGUGAAUUUUAUCUUGUUGCUGGACAAGAAGUGUAUUUACCACUAAAUGAAGACAUUCGUAUUAUAAAGGAAAAUGAAAUAAUACAAGUUGUUCCUGGAUCUGGUGUUGAAGGUUUUCUUCUUUGGAAAGAUUUGACAGUAAGACAUGAUGGUAAUCCACUUGAAGCAUUGCCAGUUAAACAAACAGCUGAAAAUAUAAAUUUACGUAUUGAUAAUAAUCAAGAAACAAAAUUAAUUCAACAAAAAAAUUCACUACAAAUUGUUGAAUCAUUAAAAUUAAAUUUACAACAAUCACAUAUUGAUAACAAUGAGAAAUUGAUCAAUGAUAUUGCCAAUAAAACAAAUGGUUCAAUUAUUAAUCAUGAUAAUUUACAACAAACAUCAACACCUCUUAAUAAAUCAAAAACAAUUGAAAAAAAAACGAGAAAUCUAUCAAAUACUGUUAUUGAGGAUGAAUCAGGAAGUGCUAAUAGUACAUCAGAAUCAGAUCAGUCAAUAACUAAUAAUCAAAAUGAAAGUUCUGGUAUAUCAUCAAUACCAAGAAGAAAAAGAAAACGUAUACGUAAAAGAAAACCAAAAAAAACCAUUGAACAAUUUACAACAAAUUCGAUAAAAGAAAUAAUUCAAAAACCAAUUGAAUUUAAUUCAAUAAAACCAAUAUCAAAACCAAAACAUAUGAAAUUUAAUUGGGAUGAUAUUAAUGAUGAAAUAACUAAUAAAAAUAAUGAUGAUACAUCUAGUUUAUCAAAUUUAUUAAAUUUAAAAAAUACACCAAUACCAGUUAUAUUUGAGGGUAAAAAAACAAAUAAUUUUGAUAAAUUAAAAAUUGAAAAAUGUGAAAAUAUACAUGGUUUUGAUAAUAAUGGUGAUAAAAAUUUAGAUUAUAAUAAAAUUAAUCCACAAAAUUAUCCAAUACAUAAGGCUGAAUUAUUAGUUGAUGAUGUCAUUGCAUUUCGUGUUUUUAAAUUGGAGAAUGAUUACACACCAGGUGUAUCAGGCAAUAUUAUUGCUAAAAUUUUAAAUGCUGAUAAAGAUAAACAAAGCUACAAGCUCUCCAUCAUAACUGGAGGGGAUCAACUGAAAGAGCCGGAAGGAAAGUUUUCUCUAGAAAACAAUGAUCUCGAAAUGGACGUGGGAAAUGAAACUACAUCAAUUCAAUCGGAAAUUAUAGAAAAAAAAUCGACAGAAUUAAUUGAGCCACGUUUAAUAUUUCGAGCAUAAAUAACUUUUUUAAAUUCAAUAUAAAAUAAUAAUCAUAAUGAUAAGUUUAAAUUAACUUUUUAAAUAAUUGACUGCAAUUGUAAU